AUGCCCGAUCCAAUAGAUGAUUACCAAAAGCUUUCGAUUUGGGCAGUGGAGCAUGCAGGAGGACUUCCAUUAGCUCUUGAGGUUCUGGGUUCAUAUCUAUUAGGAAAAAGUGUUUCUCAAUGGAAAGGGGAAUUAGAAGAGUUACAAAGAUUUCCUCACGAGGAGAUUCAAAAAAUACUUAGAUUAAGCUAUGAAUCACUAAAGUAUCCUAAACAACAGAUAUUUCUUGAUAUUGCAUGUUUCUUUAUCGAAAAUGGUAUUAGUGUUCUCAUUCAGAGGUCCCUCGUGGCAAUUGAUAUCAAAAUGAAGUUGAGGAUGCAUAAUCUUAUUAGAGAUAUGGCAAGGGAGAUUGUUCGAAAAGAGUCAUCUAAUCAUCCAGGAAAACGUACCAGGUUGUGGUUUCAUGAUGAUGCGUUAAAUGUACUAAGCAAACAUACGGUACUCAACAAGUUGAAAGUUCUUAAUCUCAGCUAUUCCAAAAAUCUCACCAAAUCACCAAAUUUCUUACGAAUCCCACAUCUGGAGAUGCUAAUUCUUGAAGGUUGCAUAAACUUGGUUGAACUUCAUGAUUCUAUUGGACAUUUAAAACAUCUUGUUUUGCUGAAUUUAAAUGAAUGCAAUAACCUUCGGAAUCUUCCAAGAAGCAUUUCUAACUUAGAAUCUCUCGAAAGACUCAACUUUUCUGGAUCUAGGGGUCGAUUCCCCCAAUCUUGGUUGUCAAGUUUCUCGUCAUGGAUAUCACCAAAAAGUUUGCUGCGAGCUUCUGUUUCUGGAAUUUUUUAUUUGGGAAAACUAGUUCUCAAUAACAGCAAUUUGUCUGAAGAUGAUAUUGCCAUUGAUCUUGAGAGAUUAUAUUCACUCCAGUUUUUGGAUUUAUCAUACAACAACUUCUGCAACCUACCUUAUUGCAUCAGUCGCCUUCCGAAAUUAAAAUUUUUGACAUUAAAUCACUGUAUGUCUCUUGAGUCAAUUUCAGGACUCCCCGUAAAUGUAGUGAGCCUACUUGCAUUUGGCUGCUCAUCAAUGGAAAGACUGUCGAUUUUGCCAGGUUCAAAAAUAAGCUUACUUUUCCUUGUGGACUGCUGCAAACUUGUUGAGAUUCAGGGCUUUCCUUUGGAUUCUGGUGGAGUAUUUAAUUUGUUUGGCUGCUACAAUCUGUCAUCUGAUUUUAGGACCAGUCUUCUCAAGCUUCCGACAACCAAGCAUGAUUGUGUUCGUUUCACUUUCCUCCCUGGUAGUGAAGUUCCAAAUUGGUUCACCCAUCAGAGAAUUGGAUCUUCAAUAUCGUUUAAUGUUCCUUCAAUAUCAUCUGAUCAUGUACCUUCACUUUCAGAGGAUGCAGUUUACAUAUUAUUUAUUUGUGCUGUUUAUGCAAAGGAGGAUGAAUCGGAUCGGUUGAUAAAAAUUUCGGCGACUGUUGAUAAUAAAAGUAGAGGCUACCGACAGGUUAUUGUGCCUGCAACUGCUUCCUAUUUUGCAAACAAGUCAGAUCAUUUGUUUUUAGUAGAGUGGCAUCUUAUAAGAAGAGACAAUGCGUUGAUGCUCGUAAGUCCAGGCAGAGAAAUGGAGUUGUUAUGGAAAGACGAAAUUGAGGUGUCCUUUGAUAUUUCCAGCGCCGAUUUGAAGACUUGUGUGGUGAACAAGUGUGGGGUUCAUCUACUUGUUGACGAGCCAACAAGUAAUCCAUAA